AUGUUCUUCUUCAAGCUUCUAACUCUUCUUCUCGUUUUGUUUGCUAUUGUGAGUGCAAUCCCUUCGGACAGUUCUGAGAAUAAACCAAAUGUUCCACCAAACGGACCAAAGCCAUCUGGACCACCUCCAUCUGGACCUCCACCAAGUGGACCACCGCCAACCAAAAGUCCAUAA